AUUUUUUGUUUUACAUUGCUUCCUCAGCUCCUGCCUCCACGACCCAGCCAGCAGCUUCAUCACUCCAUCAGUCCAUCAGAACUCUUCAUCGAAGAUUUGCAGAUUCACGGCCCAUUACUCCACGUCUCCACGCCUCCACCGACCACCGUCGUCCGGCUAUCUCCUCCGUGGCUCCGUCCGUUCACCAGUCGUCCACCAUUAUAGAUUUAUAGCCUCAGAUUUUGAUGAAUUUUUUCGGCAGUGUGAGUGUGUGACCCUGAUGAUUUUGAUGAAUUUUAUCGGCAGGGCAGUGUGAGUGUGUGACCCUGAUGAUUUUGAUGUUUUGUUAAUUGAUUUUGUUAAGAAUACAUCAUUUUGUCAACUAGUGUUAAAGAUUAGAGACUGUCUAGUGUUUUAUUUCCAGAAAUUAUGGUUUGCAUGAUUGCUUAUGUUUAUCAGUUCAUUUGAUAUUUUGUAUUUGAACAUUUUUUAAUUCAUUUUACUUUUGCUUCUUCGCCCCCGCUCAAAGGAAAUUCUGGCUCUGUCCCUGCAUCAAUGGUUGUGCACAUCUAAAACCAUGAAAUGCCUUCUCCACCAAUUAAUUCCCCCCACUUUCCAUUCUUCCGGUCUUGUUAAGCCUAUCCAUUCUCUCCCAACUUCUUUUCUUCUCUCUAUCUGGAAAUCGCGGGCUGGGUUCUGUGGGUUUGGUUCCAAAUCUUGGGGUGGAGUGAGGGGAAUGGCAACAACAGUGGAUAGCAGUCUCUCCUACCUAAAGCAGCAAGAAGCUGCAGAAAUCGAUGAGUUGCUCAUGGGUCCUCUUGGUUUCAGUGUCGAUCAGCUUAUGGAAUUGGCUGGACUUAGUGUUGCCACUGCAGUUGCAGAGGUCUAUAAACCUAGUGAAUACAGUCGAGUCCUUGCUGUUUGUGGUCCAGGAAAUAAUGGUGGUGAUGGCCUUGUUGCGGCUCGUCAUCUUUAUCACUUUGGUUAUAAGCCAGUUAUUUGUUACCCAAAGCGUACUGCCAAACCUCUUUAUAAUGGUUUGGUGACUCAGCUUGAGUCACUGUCAAUUCCUUUCCUGUCAAUGGAAGAUUUGCCAAUGGACUUAUCUGACAACUUUGACAUUCUUGUAGAUGCAAUGUUUGGAUUCUCAUUCCAUGGUACUCCAAGAUCGCCUUUUGAUGAUCUAAUUCAGAGACUGAUAGCAGUGAAAAAUAAUGAACUCAGGCAUAAGAAGUCACCAGCUAUUGUCUCCGUUGAUAUUCCAUCUGGAUGGCACGUUGAAGAAGGAGAUCUGAGUAGCGAGGGCAUUAAACCUGACAUGCUUGUUUCUUUAACUGCUCCGAAGCUGUGCGCUAAAAAGUUUUCUGGUCCACAUCACUUUCUAGGUGGAAGAUUUGUUCCACCGUCCAUUGUGAACAAGUUUAAGCUCCAAUUACCAGCAUAUCCUGGAACUUCAAUGUGUGUUCGUAUUGGAAAGCCUCCAAAAGUUGACAUAUCAUCUUUGAGGGAGAACUACAUUUCUCCUGAGUUGCUUGAGGAGCAGGUUGAGUCAGACCCCUUUAAUCAGUUCCAAAAGUGGUUUGAUGAUGCAAUGGCAGCAGGCUUGAAGGAACCAAAUGCUAUGGCCUUGUCCACAACUGGAAAAGAUGGGAAGCCUUCUUCAAGAAUGGUGUUGCUAAAGGGAGUUGACAAAGAUCGCUUUGUUUGGUACACCAAUUAUGCAAGUCGCAAGGCUCGGGACAUAUCUGAAAACCCUCAUGCUGCACUUCUUUUUUACUGGGAUGCUUUAAACCGCCAGGUAAGAAUAGAAGGAUCUGUAGAAAAGGUUUCUGAUGAGGAAUCUGUGAAGUACUUCCAUAGUCGUCCUCGUGGAAGUCAGAUUGGCGCCAUAGCUAGCAAGCAGAGUACAGUAAUUCCCGGACGUCAAGUUCUCCACCAUGAAUACAAAGAGUUGGAGAUGAAGUACUCUGACGGGAGUACGAUUCCCAAACCAACACACUGGGGAGGAUACAUGCUGAAACCAGAAUCGUUUGAAUUUUGGCAAGGACAGCAAUCUCGCUUGCAUGAUAGGUUACGCUAUUGUCCAGAAGAGGUGGAUGGAAAGCGAGUUUGGAGAAUAGAGCGAUUGGCUCCCUGACAAAUGGCUUCCUUGUUAUGAUCAUGUCAUCUCUUAUGUUCUCACUCACUGCCACAACCCCAUUUUGCUCAAAACUUUACAUUUUUUUUUUGAAAGGAAAACUUUACAUUCUUGAUUGUAUGUUCAAACAAGAAGUUGAUCCACAGAAAUUGGUUAUCAAGAACUUGAUAGGGAAAUACAAAUGUACCAAAUAAAGCAGAAAGAUAAUAUUAUUAAGGGUUCCUCUAAGUUGUCCA